UUCGAUAGCACAGCCGGGUAACGCCGUUCGUAUGAUUUACUCGUCAGGCAAGUGAGGGACAGCCUCUUUCUGUCUUCUUUCACGAUUCUCCCGGUCGUCUCGACAGUGUGACUGUGAUCGCGAGUACGAAAUGAUGUAUACUUUAAAGGGGAAGUACGUCGCGCUAACUAUGUUGCUCCUGUUCACUCUGAGCUACGGCCAGCUGUUCAGUCAACAAAUGCAGCAACAACAGCAGCGAUACAAUCCCGCGGUGCCGCCACUUCCGUGGCAUCUCGUGCCACCCUGGGAGUACAUAGUUCGCGAGGUUAUCCUCAAGUCGGUCACGCCGUCGCCGGCGGAUGCCGAUGUACCCCACAGGCGUCCGCUGGACGCUUCCUUCUACGGCGGCCCGGUCGCCGUGUACUCGAACGACGACGUGAAUGUCGUUCUGUCGCGCGGCAACGUCUAUCACUUGCCCAACGGCCACUGGAUGUUGUGCCAGGACGGAUGCGUGGACUGUGAGCCGUGCGUCGCGCAAAGGAAUCCCCCAUUCAAGUGGAUCCUGCGGAGGGUCAAGCAGCUGCCAGCGUCUGACCCGCCUCGGCACGAUCUUCAGCUAACGAUAAUGCCGCAGGCAGACGGGUACUUCCACGCGAGCAAUCUCUGGCCGAAUUCCUACGUCUACGUGACGUCCCCGGGAGAACGAGUAGUGCUCUCUGUCAUCAGAACACACCAAGACAACGACCCAGAUUCCUCGGCCAGUCUGGAAAACAGUUUUUCUCGGCAACAUCAUCGUUCGAAGAAUCUCUCGCGGCUGACGGAACGGGACUUCGCUGCGAAAAGCCAGAUUCUGUGGCAAAAUGAUCGCGUCAAGGUCCAAGAGAACACAAGCACCGAGAAGACCGCACAAGAGGAGUCAUCUGAAAACGGAUUCCUGAGUACCCGGCGACCGAGGCAUCCUCGACCGAGACCUGCAGAAAAAUCCGCGACGAGCACUCGGACUGACCACGAUUUCACCGAUAUCAUCGCGAACGACGAUGUGAUAAAUCAGUUGGCGCCGAAAUUGAUCCUGGGAAUCGAUCAACGAGAUCGUAAGCAUUUGGUUCACGUAGUGCCGGUGGAUCCUUCGUCGACUGCCACGCACUCCGUGGUAUCUUCCGUCUCACAUCGUCCAACGUCGACGCAGUUCACGACGGGUCAAGCGGCACACUCGAACAAAGCUAUCCCUGAACGCGAUGGGCAAACUUACCAGCGGAUAUUCCGCAGGGUCUUGGACUCCUUGAACACGCACAGACGAUCGAUCGAGAAUUUCCUCGAGUCGCCGGCGGACAACGGGCAUGGGAUAUCUCCCCCGGGGGAUAAUACGGAAGUCGCCGGAUUUCUCAGGAACAAUCGCAACGUUGAUCGUACGAGUGUUGAUCUCGAGGCGACGAAGCGUCUCAACGGUGCGUCGUCAUCGUCUUAUUACGCGGCGGGUGACAAUCGGAUGGGGAUACACCAAGAAAGAAGACGUGGCUAUGAGGAUUUUAAGCACGCUUCUAAUGGUUAUUAUUCAGAGUAUCGAGAUACGAAUCUAGGCAAGGUAGCAAGUCAAGCUCUGAUAGAUUCGGACCGAGGUAGAGAACGACGAAGAAUACGUAUCAAGCCGUACUCUGUCGAUAGUACGAGGCAAAACACUCCCAGAAUAAAUCUAUCGAUUUCAUCGCAAAGUUCGAACGACACCUCGGCAGUUGCUAUUCCAAAAGCUGGUUCAGGAAAUGGCUUAGUUACGAACUUCGCGAAACAAAUCGAUCUUAAUGACACGUCGUUAAGUAGAGCGUCGGUAGGUAGUAGCAAGGAUUCCAUAGAAUCAAGUUCGAUAACGACAAAUCGCAAGAACGAACAAUUAUUCACUUCGGAAAGCCUGGAAAGUGGCAACGCUAAUCGAGAUUUUGAAGUUUUGCGCCACCCUUUUAGGAUAAUUGUUACUACCGAGUCGCUGGUAAUUCGAGGAGAACAUGAAACGCCAAAUCGCACUGACACGUUACAAAUAACUACUUGAGCACACGUUGAUAGCUCUUAAUCAGUAAUUAGUGAUAAAAAGUUACGAAAGUAAUAAUCAAUAUGUUGAAGAAUAAAGAAUAUUACUAUCACGAUUAUUUAACAUUCGAUCCAUCUCGGUAUUUUAUAUUUACACUUAAAAACUUUAUUCUUUACUUUAACAAGCAAUAUAUUAAUUAUGUAUAACUUACUCAAUUUAUUAUUUUCAAAAAUAAUCGACUGUGAUUUAUUUGUCAAUUUAUUUGCGGCUUAUGAUUAAUUAUUUAUUGUAGAAGGUCCCAUUACAAAUCCAUGACUGUCACUACGUUUUGAGUCGACGAACUACAUUUUGCGACAUGGAUUGUGCGUAUUGAUACGUUGUUUUCAAUUCUCGUCGGAUUAUUUUAAAAUAUUUCGCUGCCGGCUAUUGAAAUAUUUAUAAUCGCGCGUAUUCGGUAUCGUAUUAUUUAACACACGUUAAAUUCUGAUCGAAUCGUACUCGUGCGAGUGGCAAUGUUAAUAUCUCGAGUAAAAAUAUUCGAAGCAGUCAGGAGCUGGGUAGUAGAUCUGAAGGAGGGAGAGAGAAAGAGGAAGCCAGAACAAAGAAGGCAAAACUCUGAGAGCAACAAUACGUCCUGUAUAAUUUCAGAUAUGUCUAAUUAUUUAUAUAUAGAAUGUUUUCGAUUUUAACGAACGUUUAGUGAACUCAAUGAGAACAUAUGGAAAUACUCCAGUUGAAAUUUGGAAUCGACUUUAAGACGGUAUUCAUUCAUCACUAAUAAAUAAAUAUAAUUAAUUCAUUAAUCUCAGACAAUAUGUACUUAUUUCAUACAACAAGAGAUAUCGAUCGAAACAGAUGAAUAACGGUGUACGAAUACGAAUUUAUAAUUAAUUACGCUUUCAAUCAAGAUUAUUAAUAAUUUACAACUGUGUAUAUCUUAGUUUCACAAGCGAUGAAAUUUAUUUCUCUAAUAAUAUUUCUGCAGUCGUGAGUUUCAUCUUGAAUAUGUCAACACACUUUUUUCAUUUCCGUUUAGUCCUGUUGUUGUGCUGAAUCUAAAUUUAAAUCACGAAAGAAUAAAGAAACUUUAUUCUUUUAUUUACUCAUAAGUAAAAGGAAAAACUAUUAACCCAGAUUAUUUCUUGAAUAUUUGCUUCAUAAUUAAAAUAUUACUUAUUGAAAUCAAGGCUGAAAUAAAAUACAUGACAAAAAUAAAAUGUAGAUAGAAUAUUAAGAUAAUCGAAUAUGAAACAAUUUCUAUAUAUAAAACAAGCUGUUUUAAACACAAGAUCGUGACUUUCUACCGCGGAAUUCUUAUGAGACGUCUUUAACUAAUUUUAUGUAAUAUGUGUAUUUUUUAUCUUUCAUCAUGUCAAUAAAUUGAAAAUAAAUGUAUGUGUUUGAAUAGUGCUAAUAAGAUGUAUCUUAGUUAAGGUUAUACACAAUAAGAUGUAUCUAUGUACGGGAGUUUUCUAUAAAUACAUGUGAAUGCACUACGUAAUCCGAAUGUUGAUUCUACGUUAAUUUUACAAACUCUAUCGAACUUGGAGGAUUAAUGAAUAAUUUCGGAAUAUAAUACCAUAUCACUAUAUCAUGAGGCUACAAAUAUUUACAUAUUGUCCACGUUGAGGCUUGAAAUAUUACUUAUAUAUAGAAAUUGUUUCAUAUUCAAUUAUCUCAAUAUUCUAUCUACAUUUUAUUUCAGUCUUGAUUUCAAUAAGUAAUAUUUUAAUUAUUAAGCAAAGAUUUAAAAAAUAAUCUACUUGUUAUAGGUGCCAUAGCAUGCAGAUCCGUUAGCAGAUAAUACGCUUUUGUAACUCAUAAUUAAUGUAAUAUAGACAUAUUACUGUAA